AUGGAUGACUACUUAUCACGAGUAGUUAAUACUUUUACUACAACACAAAAUUCCAUAAUAACAAAUGAACCAGAAUACAGCCAUAAUGGUCCGGAAAAUGACUUAAACUCUGCUUCAAAAAACCUGGAAAUCUCCUCUAAGGCUAAUUAUCAUAAAUCUGUUAAUGAUGUUUGUGAAAUAUUACCUCAACUUCAAGAUCGUUGGAGUCCCUUAUAUGAAUUAUUACAAGAAUGGGGCCUCGAGACCAUCUACGAAAUAUUAUUAAGAAUCCAGGCUAAGUUUGAAUAUUACUUACAACGAUGGCAAAAACAUCACGGCAUACAGUUUGAGUCACUACUAAAUACAUCAAAAAUUGUUGACAGCCCAUGCAGAGUGGAUUCUCCUGCUACAUCGAAUUCUAAUAUAUCUAUCGUUUCUGAUGAUCAAAGUGAUGACACCCCAUCGAAUAAAGUGAAACUCCGUGAAAUUUUAAAUACAGCGGAGGGUCAAAUGAUUUUACAAUAUUUUGAUAAACACAAGGAGCUUAACCCAAAAAAUAGACAAAUAUUAAAUGAUUUAAUAGUCCAACAUUUUAUUGUCAAUAAGAAGAAAAUGACUGUUUCCAUAGCUGAUGACAUUUCAAAACAAAUCGUUACAAUAUUUACAAAUGAACCGAAAGAAUACUACUUUGCUGCCCAAUAUAAAAAGGCUCCUAAAGGAAAACUCUACAAUAAAUACCAAAACGAUAUGCAUAAAUUGGUUAAGUGUGGUCUUCUUGAGAAAAACAGCAGUGUCACAUCUAUCACAACUAAGGUUACAUCAUUUGAAGUUGAAGAAAAUUAUGAAGAACUUGUAGUAAGACUAAGAACGGAAGACAUGCCUUGGGAGCAAAUAGAAAUUCUGUGGGAACAGACCUGCCAGGGGCGCCUCAAGUCAAUUCGUGAAAAUAAUGACUGUCAUACGGCUUUAAUUCAAAAUUUAUGGAAACAAUAUUCACAUCCUAUGGGAUACAGACUGAUUGAACUUGAUUACUCGCAAUUUAUGAAUAAUGCAGACGGAACAUCCAUAGUAUCAGAAUGGACAGAUUUUUUUUUGAAAACCUCUCAGAUAUUUUUAAAGAAGUUUGGUACUAAUUUCGAAAUUAACGAAGUUGAUUCAGAAGAAGGUAAAAAUGCUUAUCUCUUAUGGUAUCUGCAUGCUUUAAAGCCAUCCAGUAAAAAAGUAACCAAAGAUGCAACAGGCAAAAAGAGCAUCUAUAAAUUUACAAUUAGAGAUUCCCAGAUGUCUUUUUUCAUGGUCGAACCAACAGCCGCAGCCCUCUUGUCAAAAAUGCAAGAGAUAUUAUCCAAAGGAAACCGAAUUCAACCAAUGAUUUUGAUUGUUGGUACAAUCAAAGAUCCAAAAGAAAUCAUGGGUGCACGUUACGGGAUACAGUUAGUUUACUGUCUUCUCCUUAUCAUCGAGCUGUGGCUCGCAACAUCGAUUUGCUGCGACGUCACCACUACUUCUUUUUGGUCUGCCGAAAUUGAGAGAAGUCUUUUCUCGGUGUCCAACAAUCUCGACGAUUUAUUGGUGAGAACGAGACAUUUUCCGACUCCUACUGGACCUGGGCUCCAUAUUCUGAGAAGUGCAGAUGGAGAGCACGAAGAUGGGCUCAAGAAUAGUGUCAUUCUGGGAGCUGCAGAAUGA